AUGGCCUCAACCACCUUACCAACGGUUUUGCCAGACUCGGCUCCAUCUCUUGUUGAUUCGAUAAGGGCGAUGAUUGGAUUGUUCACAGGAUUUGAGCUGGUUGUCUGUCUACUGAGAUUAUAUGUCCGCAGGUUCAUCACCCGACAGUUUGGUCUCGAUGACUACCUCGUCAUUGUCAGUGUGGUGCUGCAAGUAGCAUUUGCAGCGAUCUCACUUGUUCUCACAACUGUCGGCCUUGGCUACCAUCAAGAUACCGUACCUACGUCAAGUAUGAUUCAAGUGCAUAAGUAUGUUUACAUCUUGUUCUGCCUUUACCUUUGGGCAGCCUUGGCUGUAAAAUGCAGCCUGACGGUGUUUAUCAUGCGACUGUUUCCGACCAAAUGGGUCAAGCGAGCAGGAUGGGCAAUCAUUGCUGUUAUGAUCCUCGUCACGGUGUCUGGAGAGAUCCCCUUGAUUGUGCAGUGCAACCCUAUCGAGGGGGCAUGGGACCCAAAUGUCAAGAAUGCCAAGUGCUUCAGUCCAAAGACCUUGGAAUACAUCCAGCUCUAUCAGGCUAUCCUGAUGUUGAUCUUCGACGUGCUGAUUGUCGCCCUCCCGAUACCCACCGUGUGGAAACUUCAAAUGCCCUUGAGCCGACGCCUGGUGGUGAUUGGCUUGUUCUCUCUUGGACUUAUUGCCUGCUCAUGUGGCCUUGCACGGAUUCCAUUGCUGGGUUUCCAAGCCAGUGCUAGUGAUUAUACUUAUCUCGGUGGGGUGCCCCUCAUCCUGAUGAACGUGGAAUACACCCUCGGCCUAAUCGCUGGAUCCCUGCCUUCUCUGCGCGUACUGCUCAAGUCCAUACCGGGGCUAAACAGCAGUGGCAAGGGCACCCCAUACCCUACUCGAACCCGUGAAUGGGAAUCUACUACGAAUGGCAAUGGCGGGUAUCAAUUGACCGAGCCCACCCACUGGAGCCAGAAAUGGAUGAGCAAAAAGAGCGCCGAUGUGGAUAGCAUUGAAAGCGAAAGCCAGCAGCCUAUUGUGAUUGCUGGAAAGGCCCCUGACCGCACCUGA